AUGGGACUCUGGCUACCACAGAUGAUUCAGAAGAGAUUAUUGCUAUAUGUCCUUCAACAAAUAUCAGUUUUAUCAAAUAUUGAUCUGUCGAAUUUGCAUGUAUCGUUGGGAUCUAGCUCGCAGUUUUCGUUUGAUGAUCUCAAUUUAGCUGUUGAUGAUAUUAAGAUACCAUAUCUCUCUCUGAGAAGUGGAUCGAUCAAACAUUUAGAAAUCGAGCUUACUGUAUCAGGUGGAGUGAGCAUUUGUGGAAAGGGCGUGUUGUUUGUGGUAAAACCCUUAAUUGACGACCAGGAUAACGAUCCCAACUCUUUUUCUUUAACAAAAAGCAUCCAUGAUUUGACAAAUUCGAUAAUACAAUAUUCUGAAUCUGAUAAGCAUUCAUUUAGUGUGUACAAAGAUCCAGAAUCGGAUGGGAGUACUAGUCCUUUAGCUGAUAGUACUGAAAGCACCAGUAGUAGUGGGAAGGAGAGUGAGCCAAUUAUUGCAGUUGGUGCACUAGAGAAUAUGAAGAACAAGAUUUUAAAUGUCGCAUUAUCCAAAUUAAUGGUGCGGUUUGAAAAUAUCAAAUUUAGGUUUCUCUUGGAGGAGAACAUAAUUGAGGCCAGCUUGGGUGAAAUAGAGCUGAAUACCGAAGAUAAUAAUAUUCGUAAAGUGGAAAUUCAUGAUUUUAAAGUUGUUUGUGUUAAGAAUUCGGAGCCGAAUGACACAGAGUACCUUUCUGAUGAUAAUAUGUCUAAUAGUGUACUUUACUCAUCGAAGGAAGCUUCAUCAAUUUAUAUGAGUGCUUUGGAAGGUUUAAAAUCUCCUCCGGACGGUCAGGAAGACUCUAUACUUGAAGACAAUGAACUUUCUUUAGGUUUGACCGCUAUCGAGCAUAUAAGCAUCUCAUUUCAGGGAUUGUCUUCGUUAGACGAUUUAGCUUUAAGGGAUCUUAAGGUUAAAAUACAGAACGCUUCCAUUGACCUGGAGAGCUUGCUCACAAUGAGUGACACUACAAUAGGAUUUGUUUCCCGAGUUUUUACAACAAGAAAAACGGAGGACGUACCGCAGGCUAGCAAUUUGAAAGGCUAUAAACGUUUUCAAAAGGAGCAAGGUAUAUUAGAAGGCUUUGACAAUCUAGCUGUUGACAUGAAUUAUCUAUCCGUCCACUUUGGGGAGGGAGUGAGCAUGGUAUUUAACAAUAUGAACUAUACUUGCUGGGAAAAUAGAGAACAAACAAUGUUAAUUGAUACAAUGACACUGAAGGGUGAUGGAAUUGACCUUCAAUCAUCGCCAGCUCCAAUUCUAAGAGCCGUAUUAAAUUCUAAUGAAGUCGAAAUCAAUAUACUGCACAGUUUGAUUCUCAAAGUUGAUAAGCUUGCUUUAGGUAAGCUUGCAAAAGUACAGCAUCGCUUACAAGAGUUUUCAGUGAGAAAUAUACGCCCUCCUCCCAAGAAAAGUCAUGCUUCAUCGCGAUAUAAGGAGGAAAGAGUGUACAAAUUUUGUGCAAAACCGAUUACUGUCUUGUUGAACAUCGGUGCUUAUCAACUCUAUCUCUCAACCUCAGAAAUUUUCAGUAGGCUUCCCAAUGACAUUAUUAAGAUUAAGAAUGUUACAAUUGGUAGAAGAACUGAGCAAAAGGAUCAUUCAAUGGUAACACUCGACGAUCUGUCUAUCAUUGCAUCAAAAUCAAGAAUGCAAUUGAUAUCAUUCGAUGAAAAUUUCAAGGAAUCCUCGCUAACAAGCAAGAUGUUAGUAAGGGUGCGUGAAAUUGCAGUUAGUCACGAAUUUGAGCAUUUAAAGCGACUUUUUCUGGAUUUUCAAGAUAUACAUUCCAUUAUCAAAAUAAAUGACAAGAAACCCAAUGUGGAUAAGCAUAAGGUGUUCAUGAAGAGAAGUGUCCGAAUAUUGAAAUCAUCUAAUAUUGUGUACAAAAAAACAGAUCAGGCAUUAUAUUCAAUUAUUUUGGAUAAUGUCGAUAUCAAAAUUAGGUCUUUUUAUAAUGAGCAUUUUGGAGACUUACAGACAAAUAUUUCCAGCAUUUUGCUUGCUGCCAGCAUGGACGGCAGUUUUUUUGGCUUUUGCAAAGAUUUUUUAUGUAAGAGAAACACUGCCAGUCAGCAAGAAGUACUGGCCUCUUCAAUUACGACAGAAGAUAUAAAAAAACCUCUGAUUUUCUUCCAGGCCAAAGCUAAUGGUAAAAUCAAGACUAUACUCAGAGAAAUGUCUCUUCACUACUAUGCAAAGUGGCUUGAUUUCUUUUCGAGCAAAAGCAAUGAUUCGAGCUCUGAAAAAAGUAAUUUACAAAAUUCCAUUCCAUGGGAGCUUAAAAUGAUUAACUGUUCGAUAAAGCUUCACCCAUAUAGAAUAAAACCAUGCUUAGCAAUUAUUAUGGAGCAUAUACAUUUGACUGGACGAACUGCGAUGGAGCAGGUUAAAAUAGUUGCAAAAAAUGGUGCUAUUCUUUUGAUUGAUGAUGUUCAAAAUAUAAAAUUUGUCGAAAAGCGGCACUAUCCUUCUCUUGUCAACUUUUAUGUUUAUCAAGGGUUCUCCGAAGUAGGCAAGAUCGACUCUGUUAGUAUUCAGAGCAAGAGAGUUGCGAAUGCGACAUCUGCUAAGAUUAAAGCUAAUAACAUUGGCUUAUCUCUUUGCGCUGACUCUGCACAUACGCUUGUGCAACUUUUUAUGGAUCUCAAGAUACCCAUUACAUUUCCUGAUGAUGAAAAGUAUAGCCUCACUGUUCCAUCUGCGAUAGAUGUCUUUAAGCAUAUUGACAGCGAUUUUUUUUGUUCAUCUCAUAUUAAAAAAAAUUCAGACUGUUAUGAAAAUGAUGAGGAAGAUUUGAUUCAUGUAGAUAGCAGCUUUCUAGAUGAUGACACUAAUAAUCAGCACCAGCAAGUCAUGAAAGAGAAUUAUACGAUCGAUACGUCGUCGGAGUCUACAAGUUCUAACAUGAGGCUGCAAGAGUCCUACUUAGACACAACCAUCAGGGAGGAUCAUGAAUCGCUAACAGAAUUAAAAGAACACAUAGAUAUUGUAAUUGAGUUAGAGGUGGCAAAAAUGACAAUAAAACUUUUUGAUGGGUACGAUUGGAAGUUCACAAGGAAGUCAAUAUCACAAAAAAUAGAAGAGAUUGAUCGCGAACUUAAGAAGCGCAGUGAAACUACCAACUCAAAUGAGCGUCUAGAGGGUGCCAUCUUUGACUCGAUUUACAUCUCGGGAAAUCCUUCCGAUUCAGUAGAUCUGAAAAAGAGGGUCAAUGACGAAAUUCAGGGUGAAUUUAUGUCAGGUUUAGGGAGUAGAAAGGCAGACCUUCACCCUUCCCGCUAUUAUAAGGCAUUGGUGGAAUUGAACCAGUUGGGACUAAUCUUCACAGGCUAUCCAAUGGGCACACCUACGCGUUCGGAAUCAGCUGGUACCGCCGAAGUCCUCAACAAAUGCGAGAUUUUGGUACAAAGUUUUGAUGUAAUAGACAACGUACCGACUUCUACGUGGAAUAAACUACUGACCAUACUUCGUCACGAGCAAUGGCCGCUGGAUAGGCCAAUGCUAAAUAUGAAUGUUUGCCUGCUUCGGCCAGUUGACUUUUUGGCAGCCACAGAAUUGAGAUUCGAUAUCAAACUUGCCCCAUUACGCCUCCAUGUAGACCAGGAUACUCUCGACUUUUUAGUUAAGUUUGGGGAAUUUAAGGACAUGAGGUUUGAACUGAUUGAUAAAUACCCUGAUAUUCCCUUUAUACAAAAGCUUACAACAAAUUCUGUGAAGCUCAAACUCGACUAUAAGCCAAAAAAAGUUGACUAUUCUGGAUUGAGGUCUGGUCAUACUAGUGAAUUGAUGAACUUUUUCAUUUUAGACGGAGCAAAUAUAACUCUGAAGGGUGUGGCAUUGUACGGAAUAAGUGGCUUUUCGGAGCUCAAUACAAUUCUAAAAUCUGUAUGGACACCAGAUAUCACUUCAAGGCAAUUACCAGGAGUCUUAAAAGGCUUUGCACCCGUUAAAUCUAUAUUGGCUCUUGGCUCCGGGGCCAGAGCAUUAGUUUCCGUACCAUUGGCCGAGUAUAAGCAAGACCGUAGACUGGGAAGGAGUCUUAAACAAGGGUGUAACGUAUUUGUCAGGACAGCUACAGGUGACUUCGUAAAACUUGGUGCAAGGUUAGCUUCGGGGACUCAGACUGUAUUGGAAAGCACAGAGGAGUUUUUCGGUGGUGAUGGUGCACAAGGGAGACUUUUUAAGUACGAUGAUCCUUUGAUGGAUAUCAACGGUUUACUGGAGGAGGAUCAGCUUGUCGGAGGUAGCAAUCCUACGAUAAAAGGUCGCGGUCCUGCUGCAUUGGUGAUAGAUCCCUCAAAAUGUAACGAAGGAGAACCUAAAAUAGUUAGUCUCUAUGCUGACCAGCCCCUGGAUCUACAUAAAGGUCUCGAAGAAGCAUAUUCUUCACUCGAAAAGCACAUGCAUCUUGUUUAUGACGUUAUAUGGAAAACUCAGGGUGAAAUAAAAGAUUCACGCUCAGGCACGGCUGCUGCCGCAGUCUCUGUCGCCAAAGUAGCGCCAGUCGCCAUAAUAAGACCUCUGAUAGGGGCAACCGAGGCGAUUGCAAAAGCACUUCAGGGCAUCUCCAAUCAACUUGAUAAAGAGCAAGUGAAUGAUCUCAAUGACAAAUAUAAAUCAAGGAGUGGCAAGAAAUAG